GUGUGUUUGUGAGGUGUACUCGGAGAGUACUUAUUAUGUAAAGUGCUCGUCUUAUUGACAGUUGACAGUGGCUAACUGAGCUGAUUUCCAUGCCGAUUGCCUUUGACCAACUGCCUAAAGUCGGGCAUCUCCAAUUUGCUAAUUAAUCGAGUGCUUCCGCACUUAAGUAUGCUCCACAGUUUUAACACACGCACACACACGUCGUGACGUGUAGCAACAUGUCUUUGCCUAUCGCACUUUUUCCCAGCACUCAGCGAGAGCGGAGAGAGCCAGAUUUGGCUGCACGAGCACGAAGCGCAACCACAAUUUAUAAAUUUUUAUUAUUUUGAGACCCCUCUCCGCCCUCGCCCACGUUCAAUCGCUCUUUUGCCCUUCGAAAUGUCAAAAUAUUGCAGACAAAAGUCUGCUCCGCACAACAUUGCCAGUCCGAAAUACAAUAAUCCCCGUUAGUCACAUGUUUUCCAGCAAGCUGUCAAUGGAAGGAGAAAGGGCGAAGUGGUGUUUGAUGGGUUUAAUCGAUUAAAAUAUCUUAUAUUUGAGUUGAGGAGCCUAAGAAAAAAAGUGAAGUAUGCAUACUCCAGUUAUUUGUGAAUAAUUUCUUUUGGUUUUCCAAGUUCAGAAUUGACAUUGCCAGACUCGAUUCGAUAGCUAAUUCAAAUUGACCGCCACUUGUCGCGUUCCUCACAUGCGCCACUUUCUCUCUCUUUGUGCUCUCUCUCACUUCUCUGUUGACUCUCUCAGCAGGUAAUAUAACUUCUGUUAACUUUGACAGCUUAACACUUUUACCAUUGCCAUCAGGCUAAAAAUUUAUUGUUUUAAUUUAGGGGGUCUUCUACUUUUUAGGGAAUUUAUUAUAAAAGUUUUACUGCAUAGAUUAAAAAAGCUUUUUUUAUUAAAAGAUACAUGUGUUGUUCUGUAAAUUUUGUUUUUAAACUUGAAAUUUUUCCAGAACCUUGAAAUGUGCAUUUCAUAACACACAUAUGUAAGUCAUAAGUUAAAAGACAAAGUUGUUGAGGAUACGGGGCCAGAAAAGCUCGAGUUAAUUUAGUUUUUAUUUAUGAUUUUUAAAUGACAUUAAGUGCCUAAAGAGGAAAUAUAACAAAUCAAUAUUUUGACACAAGAUUAAAUUCCAAAGAGUCGCAUUGAAAGUUGUAGAUGACAGAUGUUACGGCAGUCAAGGGUUAACUUUAACAUGGCGCCAACAUAGCCAAUGUUUGCUUAACAGCGCAGCUUACAGAGGUGCCGCUCUCUCUUUUCCGCUCCUGCGCUACCGUCUCUUUCGCAUUGCUCAGUUGCUCGGCGGAAGAGCACGUCCUGUUUGGCUUAGUUUUUAGUCCUUCUUCGAACGCGCUGCCCACGAGUCACGAGUUCGCUAGUACGCAGGGAUUUGAUUUCCCACUCCCAGUCACAUACGUUUUUUUUCCAGUGCUUGUGCGCGUGUGUGUGAGUGUGUGCAAAUAGGAGCAGGAGCAACAUAACACAAACACACGCUCAAUGCUCAAUAUACAAAGUACAUAUUUGCAUGUGAAGUGAACUGCUUACAGCUGUUCGAUUGCAACUCUGCGCGAUCUCCAUUUCGGUUUAAGAGUUGUCCAUUUGAACCCAUUCCGAGUAAUAACAAUACUGCACAGACAAUAAGUGAACUGAGAAAACGAGAGCUGCGAACCACUGAAAAACGUUGCACCCACCACCGCCUCACCGCUCGCCCGCUUGUUUAAAGCUAAUGCCACCACCGCCCACCACCACUAGAACUACUUCCACUACAACCACUAUUGCCACUAUUGCCACCACCAUCACGACCAUCACCACCAAGAACCAAUAACCAAGAACCAAGAACCACAACCACCAAUUACCAGCCUCGACCUGUACCACAUCGCAAUGAACAAAACCAAAAACCAAAAAUCAAAAAAUAUCAAAUAAAGAAAGAAAGAAAGGCAGAGCCCAGAUUCCAAGUCCACUUGUCCAAAAUGUCGUCAGUUGAAAAAUGUGAGCUUCACCAAAAAUGCAUUACUAGAUGUUCGUUCCCGUAAUAUGUGCAUAUAGAGCAUCCCCCUAGAACCUCUAGCGUAGCUCCUCGAAGAAUUAAACGCCGUAUCGCCCCCUAUUUGUCUUGCCAUGUUUGCCACUUUAGAUCUGACUCUUGACAACAAAUAUUUAGAUCACACUUCAACUUUGUUUUCUAUUCUUUUCCAUCUACCUUUAAAUACUAUAAAUAUAACUAUAACUGUAAACUAUAGCUAUACUAUCGGUCUGCCUCUCUCUCUCUCUCUCUCUCCCUCUCACACUCUCUCUCUGUCUGUCUUUCUUGUUCUGUCUAGUUAACAUGCCUUGAACUUUUACCCACUCUGUUAACUUCUCCUUUUAAACAAAACAAAAACAAAAACUUUACCACUCAACUCUUUGGAAAUUGGGAUGCGAGGACCGACUGAGAAAAGCAUCUGAAAAGUGAAGUUCUCAAGAUGGUUCCUGUGCGUUGGCACUUGAAAAACUUCCACUGAUUGGCCGGAGUCCCGAUUGUAAAUAAGCCCCCCGAUCCCCGACUUCCUUUACACACUUGCGAUUUGCCUGCUUCUUAGCCAAACCUGCAUGCCCCGAGAAGUCAUCAGCUAGUGGUUAUCGAUUUAUCAUUUGAGAAUGCCACACAGAACCACAAACACACACAGAAGACUGAAGAGAUGACUAUUGGGUCGAUCGGUGGAUCAGCCACCUCAGAAAUUACAAGCCACACACACACACACACUCAAUAUAUUGUACGUUAGCCCAGUAAAGUUACGUAAUUUCCGUUUCGUUCCUCGUUUCUCGUAGUUCCCCAGUUCGUUUGAUGCGUUCGUUCCUUCGUUCGUUCGUUCGUUCGUUGUGUUUGCCAAGUUCAAUUUUAUUGUACUCGAAUUCCCAACUGGCCAAUAACCAGAUUUGGAAUCCAGAAUUCGGAAUUGGCGAACCAGAAGCCAAAAGCUGAACAGUAACAACAACAGCUAAUAGACAAACAAACAACCAGCAGUAUAAAUCGAAACCUUAACCCAAUCUAAAUAUAUAUCCAUCCAAACCUAAAGUGUGUCUAAUCACCAAUUCUUAAUGUAAAAUUCUCUUUAAACUAAAUAAUCCAAACACGAAUCACACAAACCAAAAACCAAAAUCUAAACCAAUUUAAUCGAAUCGAACCGAAUCGAAUCGAAUCGAAAUCGCAACCCAGGCAAAACUCACAUUGACCACCAAGCAUAUGAGCUUGUGGCUAAAGGUGUCUCCGGCAUCGACUUGUUUCAUGUUGUAACUCGAGGACUUUCGUUUAUUGGCAACAAUAAUGGUCAGCACAACAUUGACAACACUGACUGCUGGACAAACAACUAGUAGCAGUAAUCACCAUCACCACCACCACAAUCACCACCAGCAGCAGCAACAGCAGCAGGAUCAGUCGCAUCAGCAGCAGCAGCAGCAGUCGCAUCAGCAACUGCCCUACCAGCGACUGCAACCACACGCAGCAGCAGCAGCAGCGGUCAACCAGCAACGCGGCUUCUACGCUCUGAACGGCAGCCUUGAGAUAGACUGCGACAGCAGCAACAUCAGCUACCAGCAGCAACAGCAGCAGCAGCAGCAACAGCAACCCCCGCUAAUUCUGUCGCAAGCUCUGCUGUCGCCUUCGCCGCCGCUUAACGAUCAGAUCAGUUUGCUUUUCCCCAAGUGCCGACCCAAGCAACAGCAGCAGCAGCAGCCGCCGCAGCAGCAACAUCAUCAAGCGACACAGCAGCAACAUGCACUCCUGGCGGACGUGAAUACGAACAGCAACAGCAACAGCAAUAGCAACAGCAGCAGCAGCAGCAGUCCCACAUCGGCAGCAGUUGCUGGGGAGCCGUUGGUCAGCGUUAGUCCGCCGCCGCCCAAGGCCACGGCCACGCCGCCGCCCACGAGCACGCCCAGCUAUUAUAAGAGCGUGAACAUCAUAACACAAUCGCCACCGCCGCAUUCGGCUUCAUCGCACUCCUCCGAAUCGCUGUCCUCGGUGACGCCGCGCAUCUCCACAAAUCCUUUCCUGUGCGCACCGCUCACACCGCCCACACCGCCGCACCACCACCAGCACCACCAGCAGCAGCAGCAGGAACAGCACCUGCAUCUGCAACAUCAGCAACAGCAACUGGAGCAACUGGAGCUGGACACCUCGGGCGAGGCAGCUGUGGAGCGAAGCAGGAGCGGAGCGGCCGGCGAGGAGCCCGACUGUCCCGCCUCCUUUUACUACCACACGGUGGGCGAUAGUAGGCGUGGCCCCGGUUGCUACGUGGAAAUGCCACGCAAACGUAGUGGUGCGUUGCCCGCCAGCAACAGGCAGCAGCAGCAGCAGCAACAGCAGCAACAGUUGCACAACGGCAAUGGCAGUCAGAAUCCAUUUAUCAAGGAAAACUAUUGGGAGGCGCCGCCCACAAGAGCCAGCUUGCUGCUCCAUUCGCCCACGGAAUACGCAGAGGAGCAACAACAGCAACAGCAGCAACAUCAGCAGACACAGCAGCAACAGCAACAUCAGCAUCAGCAGCAACAAGCACAGCAGCAUACACAACAGCAGCAGCAGCAGCAGCAGCAGCAACAACAUCUGCAUGCCUCAGCCAGACGAGCUUACCACCAGCAGCGGGAACAGGUGUACGGUAUCAGUCAGCGAUCGCAACAGCAGCAACAGCAGCAGCAGCAACAGCAACACAUCUUGCGGGUGGGACGAAGUCCGGUGAAUCGCAGCUUUCCCCAGCAGCAGCAGCAACAGCAGCAGCAGCAACAGCAGCAUCAACAGCAGCAGAUUGCAGCGCCCAGAAGCAAUCCCUGUGCCGAUGGGUUGACUCCUUUGGCCAGUCACUACCUUUAUGGCAGCAAAUCCUCGCUGGAUCAGCAUCCUGGCGAUUGGGAGCCGCGGGAGCAGCGCAAACUGAGGCUGCGCGAGGAGCGGGAAAGGGAAAGGGAUAGAGAAAGGGAGCGAGAGCGGGAGCGGGAACGAGAGCACCUGUUGCUGGAACAGCAGCAGCAGCUGCAACUGCAGGAGGUGCAAGCGGCCAGGGACAACCACCUCAGCCAUUUGGCGGGUCAGCAGCAGCGAAAGCGACAUGUUUACGGUGAGGAACGGGACCGCGAGCGGGACAUGGAGCGGGAUCACCGCCUGGUCAAUGGAAACGCAGAUCCCAACGAGAGCUGGCAGCAUCUGCGCGUUACGACCGAAACGUUGGCGGAGGAGGGCGGCAAGCCAGGCAAGCCGGUGGACAAGGAUAAGGCCCAGCUUCAGAUGCAGAUGCAGAAUCUGAACCCAGGGCAGAACCUGGAGGUCAACGUCUACAGGGAGCACAAGUUGGACGCCUGGAAGCUCGAGCGCAACUACACGCUGGCCGUGGAGUCGCGCCAUGGCAUCAUUGAGUACGAAGGUUCGCCCAGGCGCAUUGGAGUAACCACCAACAAUUUUGGGGCCUUGACGGCAGCAGCAGCAGCAGCAGCAACAACAACAGGAACAGCAGGAGCGGACGAAAACGAACCACCAGCAACGGCAGAAGUGGCAGCUACACCACAACAGCAACAACUGCAGCAGCAAUUGCAACAGCAGGUUCCCAUGGCCACCGUUCCACCGCUGAGCUCCACGGCCACCUCGCUGCAAAAGACGGCCGCUCGUGCAGCACUCGCCGCCCUUGCCCAGACCCACCCCCACAACUCCCACAGCAUCCUCAGCUCCCUGAUACCACACACCUCCAACGCCAACUCUAAUCCCAGCUCCAAUCCCAAUCCCAAUCCCAAUUCCAAUUCCAAUCCCAACCCACUGCAGACCAUGCAGAACUAUCCCGUUCGUCCGGGCUUUCCACAGCGCAUCAUUUCGCCGCCUAAUCGUGAGCCUCGUAGCAGCUCCCCUCCCCUGCAGCAGCAGCAACAACAACAUCAGCAACAGCAGCAGCACCUUCAGCAGCAGCAGCAGCAGCAACAACAACAACAUCAGCAACAGCAGCAGCAGCAGCAGCAACACUUUGCCAGUCUGAUGAGCAACCACAGUAACAACAACUCAAACACCAACAAACAACCGCUGAGCAGCGACAACAAUGCGGAGGACACCAGUAACGAUGUGUCCGAGAUUGGCACCAUAUCCGACCUGACCACUCCGGAGGCACUGGGUCUGGCCAUCGGAGCCGCCGGCGAGGUAGUCAGCCGGUCGGCCACGCCCCCCCAAGCCCCUACAGCUGCGUUCGCGGCACUAGCACCACCGACAGAAGGAUCAGCAGCAUCAGCAGCAGCAGCAGUAGUUGCAGCGGGCAGCACUGCCAACGGCAUCGGAAUCGGAUCAGGAUCAGGAUCAGGAGUAGGAAAUGCAACAGCAGCGAGCACCGCACUAGGCCCACUGAGUCUGCACACGAAAUCGUCGACCUUCGAUUACCUUUACGAAUUCUCAGAGACGCGCAAAGUGCUGGAGGAGUUCUUCAAGUGCCCCUCCACCGACGAACAGCCCAUCAUGGAAAACGGCAGCGAUGUGGACAGCAUUGAUAUCCAGUACGAGUUCCACAGCAACUUUGAGCGCGACGACGAGGACUUGGUUGAGGAUGAGGAGGCCGAGGACGACGAGGAGGGCGACGACGAUGCCGACGAGGAGAACGACGAGGCCGAGGAUGAGGACGAGCCGUUGGAUCAGGAUCGCGAACAGAACUACCGCCAGCAGGCGCCUCCUAUCUCCGGCCACGCCCCCGAGCGCCACGUUUACGGGGGCUAUGGCCAGCAGUCGCAGCCUCGGCUUGCCGCCCAGCCGCUGGGCGUGACCGUGGGCGCGGGCGGAGGCGUGGCACGGCGGCACUACAGCGGCAGUCCGCUGAUGCGGGACUUUGACUUCUUCCUGGACUCCACCAGCCGGAGCAGCAACGAGCGGGACGGCGACCAGGACGGGCUCAAUCACAACCAGCUGCUGAGCACGGGCAGUGGGCAUGGCGGCGGCGUAGGCGGCGGGGUCAUGGGAGUGGGCGUGGGCCCGGGCGGCGGCCACAACUACCGCUACUCGCCGGAGACCACCGACUACGACUCCAACUGUGGCGAUCUCGACAGUCUGUCGGGUGAGAUGAACGGCGGCGUGUCGACCUCCUGCUCGAACUACGCCAAAUACUAUGCCUCGGCCAUGCCGGUCCUGGAGGAUGGCCUCUCCUCGGGUCACACUAGCGACACCGAGAACAACAACAACAAGAACAAGAACCUGCAGCAGGCCCUGCUGGGUGGUAAUGGUGGCGGUGGUGGUGGUGUGUCCAGCGGUCAAGGUCAAUGCACCACCAGCCUAAGCGGAAGCGCCAGUAUCGGCGGCAGCGGCGGCAUCUCCAUGCUGAUGGACAUGAAACGCAUCUCAACAAACAACAGCCUGAACAGCAUGCACAACCUGACCGCCACCACCUCCACCACGGACAGUAAUGGGGGCAUGGCCGUGGUGGGCCACCACCUGAUGGCCACGCCCAGUCCCAGCAACGGGCAAUCGGCGGUGGCAAAGGUGCAGGCUAAUCAGACGCCAUCUCAGCCGAAGACAUUGACCCUGGACCAGAGUCCCAGCAACCACAGCAAAGUGUUCAAGAACAUUGAUCCGGAGUUGGAUUCGCUCUACUCGAUUGGUGUUUUCCACCGUCCGGACACGGUGCAGAUGACGCCACCGCCGCCCGCACCGGCGCCGCACCGCAAGCCCAACAACACUGGCAGCAGCAGCAAUGCCAAUGGCAAUGGCAAUGGCAAUGGCGGCAACAACGACGUGGAUCUGCUACAGCCGAGCAGCAAGCACACUACAUUGGCGGCGGCCAUCAGUUCCACGCUGCAGCGCAGUUCCCCCACCUCGACGGUCACCGGAAAUGGAUGCGGCAACGGAAACGGAACGGGAAGCGGCAAGCACCGCAGCGCCGGCAGCACUGGCAGUAGCGCGGCAACGGGGGGCGUGCCACCGCCCAUUCCCGAACGGACCAAUCUCGUGACGGCGGCCGCAUCGCAGCGUUCGCCGUCGCCGGGCUUGAGUUCACCCGUUUGGCUGUCCCGCAGCGGCGGCGGCGGCGUUGGCGGCGCUGGCAAGGAUCUGCUGGAGUCCGGUUCGGAUAACCACUCGAAGAACCACAGUGCCGACGAGGAGGACGUGGACACCGAUCUGGAGACGGACCGCCUGCUGGGCCACCAGCGGCUGGACGACCAGGGCUACUACGAUGAGAACAAGAGCUGGGACCGCAAGCCGCGAUCGCUGCUCUCCAAGAUCUCGCCCAAGCAGCAAAUGGCGAGCACCAAGACGCGCAACGGCUACAAUGCCCUGCUCAGCUCCACGCCGGAGCUGCCGCCACCGAUUCCGCCCAAGGGUCAGUCCGGCGGCAAGCUGCUGGACCUGGUGGUUGGCGGCAUGGUGCAGCGCAGCAUGUCGCGCAGCUCGUCGGAGCACAGCGAGAAAUCGCCGAGCAAACAGCCGGGUGCUGGCGUGGAUCUGUGUGGCACUGGCCCACUGAACGGCACCGUGGUGGAUGUGGUGGCCUCGGCCGUGGCGGCCACUUCGUCAGCGGUGGUGGCCAGUGGCACGCCCGCAAUGGGCAGUCCCGGCAAUGGCGGCGGAUCCGAGAGAUCCGUGGGCGGAGUGAAUGCCGCGGUAGCUGGCAUCAAGAUGGCCGAACCGGAGUCGGGAGCUCUCAACGGAGGCAUCACCUUGCCAGGAUCGGGAUCGGGUUCGGGAUCAGGAUCGGGAACUGGAGCUGGAACUGGUGCUGGGACUGGAGGCAAUGGAACCGUGGUGGCCAGCAGCAAUGCCAAUGCCAACAGCAACAACAACAACAACAACAACAACAACAACGUGGGCAACAGCAACAACAGCAUCAGCGGCAGCAACAGCAACAGCGGCGAGAAAAAAGUGAAAAAGAGCGGCGCAGUGCUCAUCGAGGGCGUACUGUUCAGGGCCAAGUACUUGGGCUCCACGCAGCUGGUCUGCGAGGGUCAGCCCACGAAGUCCACGCGCAUGAUGCAGGCGGAGGAGGCCGUUUCCAGGAUCAAGGCGCUGGCACCCGAUGGCGAUGUGCAGCCCAGCACCGAGGUGGAUUUGUUCAUUUCGACGGAGAAGAUCAUGGUCCUGAACACGGACCUCAAGGAGAUCAUGAUGGACCAUGCCCUGCGCACCAUCUCCUACAUUGCGGACAUCGGCGAUCUGGUUGUCCUCAUGGCCCGCCGUCGCUUCGUGCCCCAGGACAUCGAUGAUGCCCCCAAGCCGAAUCGCACGCCCAAGAUGAUCUGUCACGUGUUCGAAAGCGACGAGGCCCAGUUCAUUGCCCAAUCGAUUGGCCAGGCCUUCCAGGUGGCCUACAUGGAGUUCCUCAAGGCGAACGGCAUCGAGGACCAUCGGUUCGUCAAGGAGAUGGACUACCAGGAGGUGCUCAACAGCCAGGAGAUCUUCGGCGACGAACUGGAGAUCUUCGCCAAGAAGGAACUGCAGAAGGAGGUGGUGGUGCCGAAGGCCAAGGGCGAGAUCCUGGGCGUGGUCAUCGUGGAGAGCGGCUGGGGUUCGAUGCUGCCCACCGUGGUGAUUGCCAAUCUAAUGAGUUCCGGGGCGGCUGCCCGGUGCGGCCAGCUCAACAUCGGCGACCAGCUGAUCGCCAUCAACGGCCUGAGUCUCGUCGGCCUGCCCCUAUCCACCUGCCAGACGUACAUCAAGAACACCAAGAACCAGACCGUGGUCAAGUUCACGGUGGUGCCGUGCGCCCCCGUCGUCGAGGUGAAGAUCAAGAGGCCGGAGACCAAGUACCAGCUCGGAUUCAGCGUCCAGAACGGAGUGAUCUGCAGCCUGCUGCGUGGCGGGAUUGCGGAGCGGGGUGGUGUUCGUGUGGGCCAUCGCAUCAUCGAGAUAAACAACCAGAGCGUGGUGGCUGUGCCCCACGAGAAGAUCGUUAACUUGCUGGCCACAUCCGUGGGAGAGAUACUCAUGAAGACGAUGCCCACUUCCAUGUUCCGCCUGCUUACUGGUCAGGAAAAUCCCAUAUAUAUUUAAGCCUGCGGGAGGAUAAUAAAUGGCGAUUAUUGUUAACUAUAAAAACCUUACAAGGAUAUUACGAUAUUUAGUAUAUAUAUAUACCUAUACAUAUAGAGAAAGAUAGAGAGAGGAGGAGUAAUUAUAUGUAUGUAUAUGCGUGUGUACCUAUAUAUAUAUAUAUACUUAACAUAUAUUACACACGAGUGUAUUGAAUUUUUUUUUUUUGUGAGUAAACUAGACAAAGUUCGAUCGGAGGCGAGUUAAGAGCAGCUACUACGACAAAUAAGAGGACGCGAAAACUAACACACAUGGCACGCCUUUUUGCAAAGCUUAGUAAUAAUAGUUAAUAAUGCGUGUGAGAUCGGGCCAUCGGCCAGGACAUACUCGUACAUACUUAUACAAGUAUAUAUACAUAUAUAUAUGAACACAAUGACCUUUUUGCGAAAACGUCCUUAGCUUAGUUGAACGGCGACAUUAGUCAGAGAAUACUGCAGCUAGUUACGUCCCCCCAUAUAUACUAUUUGCUUACCCAUACUUAUUGUAAAAACCAAAAAACCAAAACACACGAGCACAGCGCAGCAAAAGACGUCCCAAACGAGAUUCGAGUCCAGACAGGAGGCAGGCAGCUCUUUUGAUAUAGUAUAUAUAUAUAUAUAUAUAAUCUCCACACACGAUAUAUAGCACCACCCCGAUAUAUUUAUAUAACAACAAAUACAGUGGGCGGGAGAAUGAUAAGCUUAGGCCAGAUAGGAAAUGGAAAUGAAAAUGGAUAUGGGAUUGGAUAUUGUAACUGCAGCGUUUCGUUUUCUACUCGCACCCAUAGCCGAGAAUUUUGAUAGUUAUUUAACGGAUAUAGCCAGAUCGUAAUCGUGUAAAUUGAGGAGCGCUUUACACACCUACAUAUGCCCCCCCCAUAGAGGAUUUAGUUUAGCAGACACACCCACACCGACACUCACACUCACACUCACACUCACACUCACACUCACACUCACACUAACACUCACUUAGACGCUUCGAUUUCAACCAUCUUCGUCCAAAAAUUGUGCUACUACUCGUUAAACAAGUUGAUAGAUAUAGAGAGAGAGAUUAGAAAAGGAUAACAGAAGGGAAAAAGAAAGAGAGGUAAGGGCGGGCCGGCGCGGAAAGAAAGAAAGAGAUAGAGUUAGAGGACCCCAUUAUAAGCCAUAUAAGGUAGAGGGAUUUAGAAGAAGGCGAACUAGAAACAGUCAAUCUUGCAAUUGCAGCAACGCAUGUGCAUCUAGGAUCGCAUUAUAGAGUUAUAACUGUAGACCAGACUCGAACGGAAAGAGACGGCAACAGGAACAGAAAUAGAGACAGACAGAGAGGGAGAAAUGCAUUUCUUUGUGUGUAUAUGUAUGUGUAAAAUACUCGCUAUUUGGCCCAAAACGCAAUCCACAAGCAACCAGCAUUCAGCAUUCAGUCACUAAGAGAACUAUUAUUAACUACGAGUACGAUUUAUUAUGUAACAACGUAACGACAACGGAGCAUUUGCUUGAUGUUUGCAAAUUGAACGACUUUUUGGCCGCAUUUCCGCUGCUUGGCACGGGCCACGCCCACGCCCACGCCCAUUAAAAACCAAAACUAAAUUACCAAAAAACUUAAAGAAAAUGCUUCAGAAAACCAAAGAGAUGAAACGGAAACCGAAACAAAUGCAUACAACAACUAAUAUUUAAUGAAUUGUUUUUUUUUUUUUGGUGUACAUUAUUUAUAUGGAAUGUGAAAUUGCAUAACAAAUUUAAUGAAUAUAUUGAAUAUUUAUAAAAACGGGCUAAUUGCAUAGAAAUUAUAUAAGAACGAUCAUAACAAUGAUUAUUUGUAAAGGCGAACUAAACCCAAAACCGAAAACAAAAUGAAUAAAUAAAAGAAUAUAUAAUCACAUGCGUAAACAAAAGUAUAAAACCAAAA